AUGGCGCGGCAGCAUCCACAUGGCUCGUCGGAGAACCUGCUGGAAUACGCCCUUCUGGCAGUUAACCAGAGUAGGAUUAACUGCGUGCAGAAAAAUGUCCCCUUCGAGGAGUCCUACCUGAUCAAGAAGAAGAAGCAUGAUCACCUCCUAGACCUGAAGUUUUGCCACCUCAGGCGGGGGUCAGCUGCGACCGAUUCGUCGACUAGCGCAGUUGGUGGUGCUGGCGAAGAUGGCGAAGAUGGCGGUGAAGAUGGCGGUGUAGUUGGCGGUGUAGUUGGCGGUGGUAGAGCUGGUAGCCCGGCUUGCCACCUUGGCAACCUUGGCGGAAUUCUACCCAGUUGCAACAGAGCAAGGGGGCGUGGCCACAGCAGCGCGUACUUCAUCCUGAGACAGUGGUGCGAGAAGUUGGGCAAGGGCGACGGCGCAUAUCGGGAGGGAAAUCUGAAAAGAGGAGACAACCUGAGCGAGCACAGGGAUGAACUCAACGGGGGAACAGGACCAAGCUGCGAGAGAACACACCUGUUCCCAACCAGCUACGUCGUCUUAGGGACACAUCGACACGGAAACAGUAGUGCUCCUUGCUCAUACGAAGAAAUGACGGUGGAAAUUCCCAACUAUGACGUCGAAAGAAAAAUUAUUAAAGCAGAAUGGUUUCAUAAAUCGGACCAUGUAGUGUCCAUAUUGACGUAUGAGCAUGUGGAGGUAUCCAAAUUAUCCCCUUUUAAAUUUAAGUCCGUAAUUCGCCUAAUUAAUGUAGAGGGGGAAGCCAGGGAGGAAAUAAAAAUAGUCAUUCCUGACGUGGAGGUUAUCCAGCGAAAAUUGAAGAAGGAGAAUUUGGAAGACAUAAAAAGGGAGUUGUACAAAAUGGAGGAGAUCAAUUCGUCUCUCCACUUGCGAGACGUGGUGUCUGGUCCAAGUACCACUGAACAGAUGCAGAGGAGGGGCCUUCCACAGUACCAUGGGAACAACACACAAGGGGUAGAAGCUUGUCCCAAUCACGAUAAAGUAAAUUUCGUACAAGGCCAAAAUGGCCAAGACGGACACAUCAACAUAAUCGCAGUAGACACAGAUGGGGUGGGAAAAAACGCUUCUAGCAACCAUCCCAUAAGUACCGAUUUAGCGGUGGUCUCACCAAGAAGUAGAACCGAUUUCGCCUCUGACCACGUCCUAAGCAAGGAAAAGAAACAGCUAGCUAAAAAGAACAAGUACAAAAAUCUCGUAGUAGAUUACUGCUUUGGUGCCCCUAGUGAAAAUAUCCCAUGGAUAGAAACCUGCCUCUUUGUUCUUUUGAAGGAUGGACUCAUAUUAAUAUACACCCCGAUAAUCACGAGUGAGUGGUACGUGAGCUACUUCCUAAUGCACGAGUUGAACAGGAUUCGGCAGAGGGGAGUAGGAAAAGGCGGAGGCACCAUUGGGGAGCGUUCCGAUGGGCAGCACGGUGAUGGUGAAGGCCUUGAUGAGGAAUAUGCGGAGGAUUUCCUCGCCUACUAUGAUCACUUCCGAGGGGUCUCCGUGAGGGAGUACAGGGCAAAGGACGUGUGGGUGAGUCUCGAUCGUGGGGAGCAGCACGCUGGGGGCGGGGCCACCUGGAGAAGCGGCGGUGAUGCAAGCGGCGGUGAUGCGAACGGCGGUGAUGCGAACGGCGGUGAAGGGAGCGUCACUGGCAGUGUUCGUGGUCUUCGUUAUCACACAAAUGAUCGCCUCCCAAAUGAUCGUCGAGCCCGGGGCGCCUUUUCCUACGCUCCCUACGUGGUGAACUGCCUGAGGAGCUCCACCUACCGCAGCAUUGGCCUUCUUUACUGCAACCAUCUGCUGUUCAUCGCCGUCGCGGAUAAGUUCGGGUAUGUGUCCUUCGUCCUGCUAAACUAUUUUAUUACUCCCCACAUCGUCAUGCCAACAACUGGGCACAGCGAAACCGACAGUGGUAACACGUUGAAGAAAGCGAUGAAUUUUUUGUCCAUGAAGAAAAAAAAAAAAUCCUUUUUUUUUAACAUCUUCAAUUUGAACGAUAAUGUUAUUUUCGAAAAUCUGACUUCGGCGGGGUUGGCUAAUUUGAUUAAUCGAGAUCGAUACGAUGAGUACUAUCGGCGUGUGAAGAAUGGAAGUUAUGAGAUGGCUUCUCUCAUGGGUAAGAUGUCCCAGAGGGGUGCAGUCAGGGAGUGCUCGCACAUGGAGGAGGCCUACCACCGGGGGGGUGACAAUGACAACGGUGUUGGCGGUGUUGGCGGUGUUGGCGGUGAUGGUGGUGAUGGCGGUGAUGGUGGUGAUGGUGGUGAUGGUGGUGAGCGUGGCGGUGUUGGCGCCUUUCUCCGGAGGGACUCCCACAAUGAACAGAGCCAAAGCGGCGCAAACUUGGGGGAGCGCAAAAUUGACGCCAUCAAAUUGACGAGCCCAAGGACGCAGAAGGAGAAGAAGGAGGAGACAAAGGAGGAGACGAAGGAGAAGAAGAAGGAGAAGAAGAAGAAGGCCGUAUUUAAAGAAAGGUUCACCAAAAAGAGUGAGAGUGACACUAAUGAGAAGGGGAAGCAUAAGCACUCCUCACAAUCAGCAGACACCUCUGACGGGGACAUCACCGAACGAGAUGACUUCUUCUCCUGCUACGAAAAUGACAAAGAAAUUUUGGAAAAGCAAAUAAACGACGAAGUAAAUCUACAGUGUCAUCCUCUAAGUGUCAUGCAGUUUGAUUCAUACUACACCGGAAUGAGUAACAUAAAAAUUAUUGUCCUGAAUAGUCACAGCUUGCUUUGUUUCAAUAAUGAAAAAGUCAUUCAUCUCCACUUAGUGUGGAUCAAAUUUGUGAACACAAUAUUUUACCUCAUCCAUUUGAAAAACUUUUUGUCCGCCAAGUUAAUUCACGAGAUGUGCAAGAAUGGCCUUUACAUGAGCACCACCAUUUUUAAGGCAGCUAUUAGCUUUUACCAGUUUGACUAUUACGCGUAUCUGCUGUUGGACCAUACGAAGCGGUUGAACCAUGAGACCUUCGCGGGGCUCUUCGGAGGGGGAAGCGCCGUGGGAAAUGCCACCAGAAGGGGCGGCACACGUGAUGCCGCUAUCCAGUUGGGGGGAGCUCCGGACAACUUUGACCGCCUGCAGUCCAGCGCCCUCUACGAUGUGCAGUACGUCCUUCACCCCGUAGUCGUGCAAGAAAGCAGAAGGAGAAGCGGCAGCAGCAGCAGCGGUAUCAUCACCAGCGGCAUCGCCUCCCGGGGGACCCCCCCCCCCAGCGACGUGUACUUCAUUUUCACACACUACAUAAAUCUGGACAGCCAAAGAAAAGAAAAACUAUUCAUGAGCAGGAACAUUAACUUCUUCACCUCGUCAGUGUUUAAAAAAUUAUUCCUCAUAUAUGACUGCUUCAAAUUUAGGACUGUCAUCAGGCCGGGAAAUACAAAUCUCAAUUCACAGGCAACAAAAAAAACUCAUUUGCUAGUAAGGCAGAAAAAAAAAUGCAAACCGGUAUGCCCUCUCCCUGGACAAGCAAAACUGAGAAAUUUUUAUGUCAGUACCCAAGUGGUAGAUGACAACUCGAUAGAUCUGAACAUGUAUGCGAACAUGCUUUCUCUUUAUGUGAAUUCACGCUGCAAUGAUUAUAUGAAUUCAUUGAUUAAGAAGAGUUUCAUUUUUUACCAAGGAAAGGGGGUCCUCCUGAAUGUGUUUCUUAAUCGUGAUGCUCGUGCAAAAGGGGCGAGUAUGUUGAGAAGCGGUGUACAUACAAUGGGAUCCAGGAAAAUAAUCACCCAUAUGUAUAGUGGUAGCGUUGGUGCUAACUCUUCCCCGCGAUUGCCCUACUGCAGUGACAGCAACUACGUGGGGGAACUCACUCCCAGAAGUGCUGCCAUGGUGUGGGGCAAACAUGGUGUAGAAAACGCCAAAGGAGAGUCUUCAUACCUAACACAUGGUAGGUUCAUCUCCAACGGAAGAAGCACCACUACAGUUAACCAACCACUGCACAGUGUGGGCAACACAAAGGGAUCUCUACUUAAUGGGGAACACACUCCCAACACGCACAGCACAGAAGAGAUCGAUUUUUUAAAACACGUAUUUGUCAUCCUACACAGUAGUAAUGACAAUGAGGACGGAAACGACAUUCACAGAAAAAAUCAAACGUGUGAAAAAAGCAUUCCCGCCGCUUGCAAAAAAUACAACUGCGGUGUUGGAAGUACCAUCGAACAAGUAAACCAAGAGGAACUAAUAAAUGAUAUUAAGAUGCACGUCCUUAAGGGAGACUCCAAAAAAUACGACAAUGUACCCUGCACCAUGUUACUCAAAAAAUUAAUCAAAGUAAAAAAUGAUUACAUACAUGUGAAGGAUUAUUUUUUAAAAAAAAAAUCAACUUAG